GGGCUCACCCCAGCUCUGCACAGCACUGCCCAGAGGCCCCGCUGACUCCUGCCAGCCUCCAGGUCCCCGUGGAACCAAAGCUGAACAUGGACGUGACCAUCCAGCACCCCUGGUUCAAGCGCACUCUGGGGCCCUUCUACCCCAGCCGGCUGUUCGACCAGUUUUUCGGCGAGGGCCUUUUUGAGUAUGACCUGCUGCCCUUCCUGUCCUCCACCAUCAGCCCCUACUACCGCCAGUCCCUCUUCCGCAGCGUGCUGGACUCCGGCAUCUCCGAGGUUCGAUCCGACCGGGACAAGUUUGUCAUCUUCCUGGACGUGAAGCACUUCUCCCCAGAGGACCUCACCGUGAAGGUGCAGGAGGAUUUCGUGGAGAUCCACGGGAAGCACAAUGAGCGCCAGGNNGACCACGGCUACAUUUCCCGGGAGUUCCACCGCCGCUACCGCCUGCCGUCCAAUGUGGACCAGACGGCCCUGUCCUGCACCCUGUCCGCUGACGGCAUGCUGACCUUCACUGGCCCCAAGAUCCAGACUGGCCUGGACACCACCCACGGCGAGCGAGCCAUCCCUGUGUCACGGGAGGAGAAGCCCAGCUCUGCUCCCUCGUCCUAAGCAGGCGUCUCCUGGGCCGGCUCCCCUGCAGCCCAGGCCCGUCAUCGGGGGAGCACCCUGAGGGCGGGGUGUCUGUCUUCCUUUCUUCCCUGUUUUUCCUUUCCACCUUCUCAGAUGGAAUGAGGGUUUGAGAGAGCAGCCUGGAGAGCUCAGGGUCUCAGGAUGUCCCAGACCCCUCCACUGGCCAGUGGCGGAAGUGACCGCACCUCACACUCCUUU